AUUGUCAGUAAUUAUCUGUGGAAAACACAAUGGUGGAAAAUGUCACAAUGUGUGUUGAUGUGUAUUUCGUGUGUGAAAUAGAAGAUGAACGCGUUAGUUCAGUAUUUUAGAUCUUCAAAGUUGCAAUACGUUUAGUAUUCAUUUUGUUGUAUCAUUCUGUGCGUCUCUUCUCUAAUCCGUAACUCAUAAAAGAUCAAGUGAAACUUCAGUCAGUGCUUGAAGUAGGUAAUCAUGGCGGACCCGCUGAGUUUACUUCGCCAAUACAACGUAAAUAAAAAGGAAAUAAUUGAACGUGACAACCAAAUUAUAUUUGGAGAAUUUUCUUGGCCUAAAAAUGUCAAGACUAACUACCUUAUGUGGGGUUCCGGAAAGGAAGGCAAUGACAAGGAAUAUUACACUUUGGAAUGUCUUCUAUUCAUCCUCAAAAACAUACAAUUGACUCAUCCAGUUUAUGUUAGACAAGCAGCUGCUGCAAAUAUACCAGCAGUACGUCGUCCAGAUCGAAAAGAAUUAUUGGCUUAUUUAAAUGGUGAAACAGCUACUUGUGCAUCUAUUGAUAAAAGCGCACCUUUAGAAAUUCCAACACAGGUGAAGCGUACUCAUGACCAUGAUGGGGGUGAAUCUGCUGCCAAAAAACCUCGUAUUGAAGAGACUCAUGUCCAGAAAGUACGAGAACAGCUUGCGGCCCGACUUGAUGCUCCAAAAGAAGCCUCGGUGACGGUUGAUAAUAUCAAGUCUUUAUCGGAGGCUAUGUCAGUGGAGAAGAUUGCUGCCAUUAAAGCCAAACGUCUAGCCAAGAAAAGGACCACAAUCAAGAGUAAUGACUAUUCUGACACAUUGGGUGUUGUUGGAUCUGACUUCAGAGCAAUUCUUGACUAUGAUGUAGAUCUCACUAAAGAUAUUAUCAGCCGAGAAAGACAAUGGCGUACUAGAACUACAGUAUUACAAAGUAAUGGGAAAAUGUUUGCAAAGAGUAUUUUAGCUCUGCUGGGUAGUAUCAGAGCUCGGGAAGAGGGUCGGCCCGGGGCGCCGCGGCCGCAACCUGUGGUAAUGCCACCUCCAGCCGCCUUACCGGCACAGCAGACACAGUACAACAGAUACGACCAGGAAAGAUUUAUUAGACAAAAAGAAGAAACCGAGGGCUUUAAAAUCGAUACUAUGGGAACAUAUCAUGGUAUGACAUUGAAGUCGGUGACUGAAGGCCCUAGCGUGUCUGCUGCUGCUCGUGCACCUCAAACUCCAACGCAUCCACGGCAGAUGCCGCAGAACGGCGGCAUGUCAGCGGGCACUCCGGGUCGUCGCGAGCUGCUGCCGGCGGCGGCGGCGCGCCCCCCGCCGGGCGGCAAGCGGCCCUCGCGCACGCCCAUCAUCAUCAUCCCCGCCGCCGCCACCUCGCUGAUGUCCAUGUACAAUGUCAAGGACACGCUGCAGGAUCUCAAAUUCGUUACCGUGGAACAAAAGAAAGCUGAAGGCGCAGUACGUGAGAAUGAAGUUCUUCUACAAAGGAGGAAAGGGCCCACCGGAGACAUACCCAACAAUGCAACUACUAUGACAGUACCUUACCGCGUUGUGGAUAACCCAGGCAGACUGUCUGCGGCUGAAUGGGAUCGUGUUGUCGCCGUAUUUGUUCAAGGACCAGCUUGGCAGUUCAAAGGAUGGCCGUGGGAUGGCAAUCCAGUUCAGAUAUUUGCUAACAUUUGCGCGUUCCACCUGAAGUACGAUGAAAUGAAGUUGGACGCCAAUGUGGCUCGCUGGGCCGUGACGGUGCUCAAUCUCAGUCGCACCAAGCGGCAUCUUGAUCGCGCUGUAUUACUUGGAUUUUGGGAGACACUUGACAAGCACAUGAUGAAAAAUAAACCGCACCUUAGGUUCUAAGUCCGUUGUAGCUAUAUAGAAAUAUCUAAUAGUAUGUAAUGCCAUGUGAAUAAAAGAAUGUUUUACAAAGGCAAAGCGAAUCUAAGUCAAUUCAUAUCAUUUCAAAAAUAUUUUGGCACAUUUAUUCAGUACAUAAUACCUGUAGUGGUAUACCUAGUUCAUGUUUAACAAUAAUCCUAUUUCACAACUAGUAAUAUUCUAUGUAAUGUAGCUUUUGAUUUAUGAUAAGUAAGAAAUAAGCAACUAUUUCAAAUAUGACCUCACAUAGUAUUUAUUAUGUGCAAUUGAUAAACUAUUUAUUUACUAUAAUUGUGUAUCAAAAGCAAAUAUUUGAAUUUACAGUCAAGAAUAAGCUCUAAGUUCUAAUAUACCUUUUCACAUACUUUAUUGGUCAUACAAAAAUUAUGUCUUCGUUUGUCUAUGCUGCACUCGAAUUAUUAUUAUGUAGGUGUGACUAUUUGGUAUUCUCAUAGUACCUUGGCUGUAUCCUAGAUUAGAUCUUAGAUUUGUAGCGAGUAUAUCUUUUACUACAUUUCGCCAAAAUAUUUUUAAAUGGUAUAGAACUGUUCAAAGAUCUGUGAUCUUUGUUUACAACAAUAUAUUGUUAAAUAUUA